AUGGGCACCAAGUUGAAGAAACCAACAAGGAAAGGGGUAUCCAGGGACAUUAAAGCCGCUUUUUCCUCCUGCCCCGUCCCCGAGGCCCACACGGAGUCAAGGGUGGAAGGAGGGGGCCUGGAGGGGCGAUCGGAGAACACCCAACCCCCUGGCUCGCUGAUCACAGCCAACUUGCGGGCCACGGUCAGUCUUAGCAACCGGCGGUCGGUUGCCAUGGAGACCUCGAGACUUGCGCGGCCCGAAGACGCGGAGCCGCGGCGCGGGAGCAAGUGCGCAGGCGCGCGCUGCGACGCCAGCCUCGACUCAGCGCAGCUGCGGGGAUCGAGGCGGGACGCCGCUGUCCGGAGCAGCAGCGUCGGGUGGCCGGAGCCAGCGCCUGGGGAGCGGCUGCAUCCCAGCGGCCUCUCCUUGGCCUGGCCGGCCGGCCGCUCGGAGGCGGGGCUGCCGGUGUCCAAGACCAUGGCCAUGAACCUUCUGGAAGAUUGGUGCCGGGGGAUGGAAGUGGACAUCCACAGGUCCCUGUUGGUCAUAGGCAUCCCAGAGGACUGUGGACAUGCAGAAAUUGAGGAGACCUUGAAUGGGGUCCUCUCUCCCCUGGGCACAUACCGCGUGCUCAACAAGAUUUUUGUGAGGGAGGAGAAUUCCAAGGCUGCCCUCAUCGAGGUAGGCGAGGGGGUGAAUCUGAGCGCCAUACCCCGCGAAUUCCCAGGAAGGGGCGGUGCCUGGAGAGUGGUCUGUAGAGACCCCACCCAGGAUGCUGAGUUUUUAAAAAACUUGAAUGAAUUCCUGGAUGCCGAGGGGCGCACCUGGGAGGAUGUGGUCCGCCUGCUCCAGCUCAACCACCCCGCGAGGUCCCAGAACCAGAAUCAAACCUCAGAGAACUGGGCAGAAUCUUUGGGUGUGCUCUUGGGCGCGGUGGUGCAAAUCAUCUUCUACAUGGAUGCUGAGAUCCGCAGUCGGGAGGAAGCGAGGGCUCGGGAGGCCGCUGAGUUCGAGGAGAUGGCAGCCUGGGCUUUAGCAGCAGGGAGGAACGUCAAGAAGGAGCCAGGGCUAGUUGCAGAGGUGGGCUCUGCCUUGAAGGUGGAGAACCCCAACAACUGGAAUGAGGUAGAAAACCAGGGUGACCCUCCGAAGCCUUUGGUUCGCAAGGCUGGAGCUAAGACUCGCUCCAGGAGAAAGAAGCAGAGAAAAAACCCCAAGCAGGAACCAGUGCCCUGGAAAAAGCCCAAAGGCAGCCACUCCAGCAGCUCAGCCUGCUUGGAGGAUCCUGGUGCCGAAGGCAUGGAGAUCUCAGAAUCUCUCAAGAGCAACAAAAAGCCCUGCGUGAAGCAGGAGGAGGUGGCUUUGAAGAAGCCCAUGGCAAAAUGUGCCUGGAAGUCUCCCAGAGCCCCCCCUCUGGAGGCCCCUGCAGCAGCUGAGAGCCUUGGCGCCGCCUCGGAGUCAGACCAAGAUGCCGCCCAGGAGAGCCCCCCAAAGAAGAAGGCCAUGGGCUGGGCCUCCGCAAAGAAUCCUGCCCCCAUGAGGAAGAAGAAGAAGGUGAGCUUGGGCCCUGUCUCUUACGUCCUUGUCGACUCCGAAGAUGGCAAGAAGAAGGCGGUGAUUCCAAAGAAGGGGCUGGGCUCGAGAAGGGAUGUGUCAGCUCAGAAGGCCCCUCGCGGCCCGCGGCCCACUGAAUCACCAGCCUCAACGUCCAGGGGGCCGAAGGCCAAGCCAGAAGGCUCUCGUCAUGACGCCAAUGAAUCCAGAAAGCUUUGAUUUGGAGCGCCACCCGUACCUGAAGAGUUGAAAGAAGACCAAGGAAGAAGUUCCAAGGCAGGAGCCAAAUUUUCUCUUAUCACUGGAUGAAACAAGACUUUUGACUCUUUUAGGGACUGGUUAGUAGAUAUCUGACUCUCAGAGGUAAAUGGUAGGUGAGAUCUUAGGUGGGGGGUGGGGGGAGGGAGGUAUAGCUCUGGUGCCCUUCUCUCUACCAAGCAUGCUUUUUCAUCUCUUCCUCCACUCACCUUCAGAGGCAGGAGAGUUGCUAAGUGGCUUGGGAAAAUUCUAGAACGUUCAUUCCCCUUUAUGCAUGGGAAGGGUCCCUGUUACACUUAUCCAUGUUCAGCCUUUCUCCCCAAUUCCAUGCUUCCUCCCUGGACUCCUGCAUGGUCAAUGACCUCUGCAGGGCCUGGGAUUUUGAAAAGCUGGGCAGCCAUUUUGUCCCUUCCAGCUUCUCUCCUGCGACCAGCAGGUAAGUUAAGCCAGGACCUUUGAUGCAUACGUGGCUGCCUUGCUCCUUUAGUCGACUGCCAUCCUCUAGUCAUCUAGCCAGAAGGCGGUAUGGUCCCAAGAGUUGGUUUUAGGGGAAAAGAAUGUCUGCUUAAGCCUUGAAGUAUUUGAGUUUUAGAGUUUGUUAAUAAAAAUGGCACUUUGAUUCCCAUUUGGAGUGAGCCUCUCAGGAAGCCUCUGGGGACGAGGGAUGACUUGCAGGGGAGGACUCAGGCGUUCCUACCUGUCCCACUCUGCAGCUCAGAUUCUCUCCAACACAUCUACCCACCAGACUGUCACCAUCUUUGAAGCUGAAGAUCUCUUCUCGCAUUAUAGUAAGAGGGAAAGAAAUCUUUUAAAAAUUAGCUAAUUUUAAUUUCUGCCCUCUGAAUUUAGAUGCCAAAUUAGACCAGACUACCAUGUGUCAUGAUGUGUGUGCAUGUGUAGGGGAGAGGGCAGGAUCCCCAAGAUCGGUGGUUUCCAGACUGUAUCCUGGGGAGUCCCCAAGGCAUCCACAAAGACCUAAUCCACAUCUGUUUUUCUUGCGUGCUUUCCAAAAACUGUGAAAAAUGACUACUCAGCUAUGUUGUAAACCAAACGAGUCACACUGAAGACUAUCAGAAUAUUACCUUGCAUUCAUAGAUUAACUUGUUUUCGUACAGAUCUCGAGUUAGUUGUUUCUGUGUAUUGAAUUUCUUGUAAAUGUGACUCUGCUAAGCAAGGUUAGAAGUGAAAGAAAUCCAGUCCUGUGCAUGUCCUAUAAUCCAACACUCCUGAAGAAAAGCUUCCUUUGUAAUUCACACGCCCCCCCCACUCUGCUGUGAUUCAUCAGUCAUGUGAUAGCAAGUAAAUGUAUUAAUAUGGCGCAAAAUAAUAAUAUAUUCUGUCAUAGAGUUUUAGCCCUUGUAAGUUUUCAGGGUAUCUUUUCUGACUUCAAUCUUUGUGAUAAAAAUGUGAACACAGUUGUUAGAUGUUAGUGAUUCAACUUUAAAACCAAUUUCUUUGUGACAAUUUCUUUCAAAAACCUGGAUGAGUCUAAUUGAAGAUAACAGAAAAAGAAUAGUUUCCAUUUGCAGCUACUCACCUGUGUGUGUCAAGGUUUUCCUUGGGUGUGUGCAAGGCAAGACCCAGAAGUGGAUUGGACUUUCAAGCUGCUAGAAGCCUGCGACUGCCCAGCUGCCGAUUUGAAAAUCUGGUCCUCUAGGGCUUCAUUGUGUUAGCAGAUUGACACCGUGAUUAUUAAAUGUAAGUGUACCUACAUAAAAUAAAGUUCAGCAAAUUAA